AAUAUAGGUUAGAAAAUGUAUAAACAAAUUUUUUUGAUAAUAAUUAGUUGCAUAAGUGUCUUAUCAGUUGAUGUUGUUCCUUCAAAGACAAUAUUAUGGGGUCCAGGAUUAAAUCCUGGAAAAAUUACAAUGCGUACCCGGUAUUUUUUCUUACAAUUAAUUGAUUCCGGUGGCAAAAACUGGACUAGAUCUCCAGGAGAUUUAAUUGUCCAGGCACAAGUCACUGGUCAGAAUAAAAUUAAUCAUGGAUGUAGAAUUUAUAGCCAAGUCCUGGAUUGUAAUGACGGAAGUUUUAUAAUCAGAUAUAGAAUUUUUGAAACUUGUUACGGUUUAAAUAUUAAAGUUGUCGUUAAAAAUGAAAUUUUGUCUGCGGGCUCGAUAACUGAGAAAGGUCCAGUGUAUCCAGAGGAAUGUCACUGUCCCAACCAAUCAGUUGAUGGCUGGUUCAAAAAUAAUGAAUGCGCUGAAGAAUAUCCUCAAGUUACUGAAGAUUUGAAAAUAUUCCCAGCAAUUAAUUUUGAUGAGUUGAGAGAAGAUUUAAUUAGAGAAUACCAUAAGCCGUACAGCCAUAGCUUCUGUCAUUAUGUAAUUAAAGACAAUAGGAUUUACAGGAAAUGCUACGGGCAACAUGUGGGAUUCAAAAUAUUCUCGGACUCGAUUUUAUUGUCGCUGUCAAAUAAAGUGAGACUGCCAGAUGUUGAAUUUUUUAUGAACCUGGGGGACUGGCCAUUGAUUUCGAAAAUUAAAAAGGCAUAUCCGAUGUUCUCUUGGUGCGGAUCUGAGGAGACGAAUGAUAUCGUUCUGCCGACUUAUGAUAUUUCUGAAUCUUCGAUAGAAAAUAUGGGAAGAGUCAUGUUGGAUAUGCUAUCAGUUCAAGGAAAGAUCAGAACUCCUUGGGAAAAUAAAAUAGAAAAAGUUUUUUGGCGUGGUCGUGAUUCUAGAAGAGAACGUCUAGAUUUAAUUGAUAUUGCGAGAAAAAAUCCAGAGCUUUUUAAUGUUUCUAUAACAAAUUUCUUUUUCUUUAAAGAUGAAAUUGAUAAAUAUGGUCCUGGUGAAAAACAUAUUUCAUUUUUUGAUUUUUUUAACUAUAAAUACCAAUUAAAUAUCGAUGGAACUGUCGCGGCAUAUCGGUUCCCGUAUCUCUUGGCUGGAGACUCGUUGGUUUUCAAACAGGAGUCAAAGUAUUAUGAAUAUUUUUAUCAUCAUGCGAUUCCUAACGAGCAUUACGUUCCAGUGAAACAUGAUUUAUCUGAUCUGGUAGAAAAAAUUAAGUGGGCUAAGGAAAAUGAUGAUGAGGCUUUGAAAAUUGCGAAAGCUGGGAGGAGAUUGAUGCGAGAGGUCGCGUUACCGCGUGAUGUAUUUUGUUACUAUGUUUAUUUAUUGAAGGAAUGGAGUAAAAGAAUACAGAAUGAAAUUAAAGUGUUGGAAGGAAUGGGAGAAGUGCCUCGACCUUCAUUUGACUGCGAGUGUGUAAAUGAUUUGGAAAAGAGACAAAUUAAGUCUAAAGAGUUUUUCUGUAAGUGGUCAGUAGAUGGCGCAUAGUUCUAAGAGUUUUUCAUAAGUGUAAAUGACAAUGAAAGUUUUAUAUUCCGAAAAAAAUUAAGGAAAACUUUGUAUCAAUUGUUUGAUUACAUAUGUGAGGAUAUAGAUAACCCCAUAAUCAAUUUUUGAAGGCGGAUCAAAGACCAUCCCAUAAAUAAAUUUAAACAUAAAUCAAUACUUUAAGUAAAAUAUAAGCACGAACGAAAAGUACAACUUGAGCGGUAUGAGAUAUUGAAAAGUAAAAUCGGAAAAUUAUUUCAAAUCGUUACUUUUAAAGUAAAUAUUUUCUUAAAAUUAUUUUUUGAAUAUUAGUUAUAAAAAUUUUGUAAGAAAUUUUUUUUUCGUUUGAAAAAUAUUUUUUUAGAUUUAAAUAAAUAAUUUUUGUGGAAAAUUGUAGAUGGCGUUUUUUUAAAUUUUUUUCUUCUAAGUAGAAAGGAAAAUUGAAGUAAUAUAACCCAAAAUUAAAUCUCAAUUUUACAAUCACUGUUAUCAUUAACAGUGUUAUGUCGUGUGUACGUCUAUUUACAGACAUACAAUUUUUGGAGGCGGAUCAAAGACCAUCCCAUAAAAGAACUUAAACAAAAUUUUAAUUUUAGGAGUUAUUUCUGACUCAAUUAACUGUUACACAAAAAAAAAUGUCUUGCAAAAUAAAUUAAUUCUUGCAAUAAGGUAAAAGUACCCAUUACCCGCUCACAUUUCAAUUUUCAUUGACAUGAAAUAUUAAACUACUUAAUAUAAUUUGGUAAAUAAAUUAAAAAAUCAUGUUUUCUGUUUUACGGUUAUUUCUUUGUAGUUUUAAAUAUUAGAAUAUAAUUUUAAGAAUAAUGUUUGCAAUCAAUUAUUAUUAAUUUUUUAAAUACAGUUAUCGAGUGCACCCAUAUUCGCUCACUGAAAGUUGUAAUGCACCAUUACCCGAUCAACAUAUGACUAUACUCGCUCAAAGACAAUAUCAAUUCAACUAUGAUAAGUUGAAUUGACUUGGAGAAAAAUUUAUAAAAUAUAUAUUACUUUAUUCUUUUAUAAUAUCAAAUUUCACAAAUAUGUUAAAUAACUUACUUAUAAUAAUUAUUAAAAAAUUCAACGUAAACUAAAUUUAAUCUAACGAACGAAAGUAAAAGUAAAACAUGCCAAGCUCAGCGCGAUUUUAGAAAUAGCCACUUAAUUUAAAUUUAUAAUAAAUAAUAAAGUACUUUGAUACAUCAGAUUCACAAAUAAUUAUU